AUGCAACUUCUUCGAAGCAUUUUCUUGUUAAUUGUUAUUGCAUGUUACGUGUCGAACACCGCUGCAAAAAUCGAAGGAGCAAGUCAUAUCAAGGAUACUGUAUCCGAAAGUGUUGCCACUGGAGCAAAAGUUGCUGCAGAUGCUGCAAAAACUGCUAAAGCAGACGGUAGUGAAUAUAUAUCCGAUGCUGCUGCAACAGCAGCUAAGGUCGGUCAAGAAGCAGUAGUUGAUGCUGCCAAAGCAACAAAAGACUUCGCUGCUGCCGGUGCACAAAAAACACAAGAAGUUAUCAAUGAUUAUGUUGCUCCUGUAGCCGGUGAAACAUUGAAUGUUGUCAAAGACAAAGCUGCUGGAGCUGGCGAAACAUUGAAUGUGGUCAAAGAAAAAGUUGUUGAAGCUGCUCAUGUUGGUGUUGAAAAAGUUGUCGAAGCUGCUCAUGUCAGCGUCGAAAAAACUCAAGAAGUAUUCAAAGAAUACGUUGCCCCAACGGCUGCCGCUGGUGCUGAAAUUGUCAAAGAAAAAGUUCUCGAAGCUACCGAUGUUAUCAAAGAAAAAGCUGCUGAAGCUGCCAAAGUUGGUUCAGAAUACGCUGAAGUACUCAGUGAGAAAGCUGUCAACGCCGCUGAAGCUGGCAAUGAAUAUUUAGCUCACGGUGCUGAAGUGGUUAAAGAAUACGCCACCGAAUAUGCUGACGAAGCUUUGAAACAAGGAAAAGUCUUCACCGAACUCGCCAAAGAAACUUUUGAAGAUGUAGCUGCUGAAACAAUCAAAAGUGCAAAAGAAUUCGCAGCUGAAGCGAUGAAAGCCACUAGUGAGUAUGCUUAUCAAGCCGGUGAAAUCCUACAAGAGAAAGUACCUGUUGCUCUCGAAGCUGGUAAAGAAUUCGCUGCUAAAGCAGUCGAGCUUGGUCAAGAAUAUGGCAAGGAAGCUCUAGAAAAAACUGGCCAACUCUACGAAGCCGGCAAAGACAAAGCCGAAGAACUCAUCAAAGAUGCUAGAAAGAAACUCGAUUUAUAA